GAAAAACUACCACUAUGAACAUCGAGUUUUUGCAAUACAAAAUAUGCAUGACAUUUUCGUAUUAUAUACUUAGUCCACUAGUUACUGCCACCAUAAAGAGUGUAUUGUUAUUGGAAGCACUGGAAUCUUCUCUUGUAGGAUUACUGUAAUCGUGGGUUCUGACAUUGUCAUUGUCAUCAGCUGCAUACGGGACAGCAGUAGCCGAGAAUACGACACAGUUAGUCACUUGCCAAACUUGGUGCUGAUUGGCAAUGAAGUCGCAGGCCAAUGUGGUUGAUUGACUCCUGUGGAACCAACUGAACACUAUAGACGCUGAAUACAACUCAACACAAUGGUAUUAUCGAAAUGUAUCGCGAGAAAUCACGAGAACGUACCAACAAGACAACAAAAAUAAAUUUGUGGAAAACAAGCAGUGAAUUAUGGCGGCGUCGCUGGUACGCCGGGACAAGAAAUCUACUGCUGCUCAUUUAAAGGCAGAUCUUAAUUGGACUGACAACAGCUCUGGUGUCCGACAACUUCAAGAGCUACUUGAUUCUGUUCUUAAUCCAGAAAAGCCAGCGGCAGACACAGAAGCCCUUGACUGGUGUAAAUGUCUAAUAGCAGGAGGAGAAGGUUUCGAAGAGUUCUGCAAAACGGUCCGGUCCUAUGACAACGCUACUUUAUGUGGCUUGGUUUGGACAGCCAAUUUUGUGGCAUACCGCUGUCGGACCUGUGGCAUAUCUCCUUGCAUGUCACUUUGUGCAGAAUGUUUUAAUAACGGCGAUCACACAGGCCAUGAUUUCAACAUGUUCAGGAGCCAGGCUGGUGGGGCCUGUGACUGUGGAGACAGUAAUGUCAUGCGAGAGACAGGAUUUUGCAAUCGGCAUCGGUUAAGAACCGGGGAGAAUGUCCCCUCAGUCCCCAGAGACUUACUACUGAUGUCAGAGAUGGUCCUACCCCGCUUCAUCAUCUGUAUCAUACAGUACCUAAGGGAUGGAUACACUGAACCAGACACAUCAACUGAGAGGGACCUACAGAAGGUCUUACAGCAGCUGGAACCCCAGAUCUCCUUCUUAGAAGAACUUACGAAGAUGGGUGGGGCAAUGAGAACUGUACUGACAAAGAUCCUAACGAAUCAGCAAAUAUUCAAGGACCUGAGCGUGGGUCAAGAGGAGAAUGUAUAUGCAAAAAAGAACUACGAGAAGUACCUGUCAGCGCUGAAGAACUCAGGCCUGGUGUCUGUGGAGGAGAAGGCCCAGUCUGGGGCUGCAGAGCCAACUCGCGGGGCUGAGGCAGGGGCGUUGGGUUUACUGGGAGCUGAAGCACCAGCCAGCCCUGAUGAGUCCAAUAAAGAGGAGGAUCAAGAUGGGGGGCAAUCGGUUGGACAGAGAAAGAGAGUUAAACUUAGUAGCACUGCCAAAGAUCCAUCCAUUAUGGACUCUCUGAAACACAAAUGUUUUCUGGAGGAGUUGCUGUUUUGGACAAUAAAGUAUGAGUUUCCUCAGAAGAUGGUUACUUUUCUACUGAACAUGCUGCCAGAUCAAGACUACAAGAUCACCUUCACGAAAACAUUUGUUCAACAUUAUGCAUUCAUUAUGAAGACACUGAUGAAAAGCCAGGAGUCAGAUACCAUGUCCAACCGCAUCGUACAUAUCAGUGUACAGCUGUUCAGCAAUGAGGAGCUAGCACGUCACGUCACCGAGGAGUGUCAACUCCUAGACAUCAUGGUCACUGUCCUCCUCUACAUGAUGGAGAGUUGCCUUAUCAAAAGUGAACUUCAAGAUGAAGAGAACAGCCGCCAUGUUGUGGUCAACUGCAGCGAGCCUCUGCUGAAGAACAACACUUACUGGCCUUUAGUUAGCGAUUUUAUUAAUAUUCUCUCACACCAAAGUGUAGCAAAAAAAUUCCUGGAGGACCACUCACUGCUCAUGCUGUGGAUGAGCUUUGUGUCCUUCUUUCAAGGUAUGAACUUAAAUAAGCGGGAGUUGAGUGAGCACGUGGAGUUCGAGUCCCAGACGUACUAUGCAGCUUUUGCAGCAGAGUUGGAGGCCUGCGCACAACCAAUGUGGGGUCUCCUCACACACUGCAAAGUCAAAGAGACACAGGAAUACACCAAGACGGUGGUGCGUUACUGCUUGGAGACUCUGCAGAUCUGGUUUGAUGCCAUUGGCUUUGUGGAUGAGCCUGCUCCAAAUCAAGUGACCUUUCACCUGCCACUACACCGUUACUACGCCAUGUUCCUAAGCAAGGCAGUGAAGUGUCAGGGGCUUGACCUGGACAGUCUCCUCCCACACCAAGAGAUGCUCAUGAAGAUUAUGGUCCAUCCACUCCAGAUUCAGGCGAGCCUGUCCGAGAUUCACAGUAACAUGUGGGUAAGAAAUGGUCUCCAGAUCAAAGGACAGGCUAUGACCUACGUGCAGUCUCACUUCUGCAACUCCAUGAUCGAUCCAGACAUCUUUCUGCUCCAGGUGUGUGCGUCAAGGCUUGAUCCCGACUACUUCAUCUCUUCAGUGUUCGAGAGAUUCAAAGUGGUGGACCUCUUGACCAUGGCCUCUGUGCACCAGAAUGCAGUACUGGAUGGUGAGCAGGAGAGGCCAAUGCUGGAGGGAGCCUUGACGUUUCUCGUCAUCUUGUCCAGUCUUCGCAUUCACUUAGGCAUGGCAGAUGAUGAGAUUCUCAGAGCCGAGAUGGUCUCCCAACUGUGUAUGAACGACCGCACCCACAGUUCAUUGUUGGACCUCAUUCCUGAGAAUCCCAACCCCAAGAGUGGAAUCGUCCCAGGAAGCUGCAGCUUUGAGGAGAUGCUGUCUGCCGUGGCUGACUUCAAAGCCCCUGUGUUUGAACCUGGGGGUUCCAUGCAGCAGGGCAUGUACACACCUAAAGAGGAGGUGUGGGAGAAGGAGUUUGACCCCAUCAUGGUGGUUCUCAGAACAGUCUACCGUCGUGAUGUCCAGUCAGCAAUGGACAGAUACUCAGCAUUUUUGAAACAGUCUGGGAUGCACACGACAGGGAAUCCAUGGCCACCGUACAAAGAGAGGACUCCUCUGCACCCAUGUUACAAAGGCCUGGACAGGCUGUUGCACUGCAAGACUCUUCACAUUGUCAUCUUCACUCUGCUUUACAAGAUCUGGCUGGAUCACUCCAACAUGUCUGAGCAUGUUCUGUGCAUGGUGCUCUACCUGAUUGAGCUGGGCUUGGACAACCAGGUUCAAGAGGACAAGGAGGAUGAGGAGCCUUGCAUUGAGGAGCACUGCCAUGACAGCUGGUUCCCAGGUACCAACCUCCUGUCCAACCUGCACCAUGUCAUCAACUACGUGAGGGUGAGGGUGCCUGAGACUGCCCCCGAGGUGAAGAGGGAGAAAGAUCCCCCUCCCAGCACCAGCGCUGAUGCAUCCAACUUCGGUCAGAAUUCCAGGCGUCUGACAGGGAAUUGGAGAGAGAACGUCCGGGAGGCGCAGGUGUUCAGCCUGGUGGCAGAGCGCAGGAGGAAGUUCCAGGAGAUCAUCAACCGCAGCAGCACCGAGGCCAGCCAGGUGGUGAGGCCCAAGAGCAGCUCUACGCGCUGGGUCCCGCCCGGCACGCCUCCCCAGCUGGUCACAGAGAUCCUGGAGAUCCGCGAGAGCAUGCUCUCCCUGCUCAUCAAGCUGCACCAGAAGCUGUCGGCCAAGCAGAACUCUCUGUCGGCCACUUGGCUGGAGGAUAUGGAAACCAACAGCCACGCCCAUGGGGAUGGCAUCACUGCCAUCGAGCGCAUCCUCACCAAGGCGGCCACGCGCAGCCGCCAGAGCAAGCGCAGCAUCCAGGAGAUCUGUGGGAAGGUCUCUCCUCCCGUCGCUCCCAAGAAGAACAGCCCCACUGACAAGAACACCAUGGACAAGGACGAGAGGCGUCAGAGGGCUCGAGAGAGACAGCAGAAGCUACUGGCUGAGUUUGCCUCCAGACAGAAGAGUUUCAUGGAAACGGCCAUGGAUGUCGAAUCCCCGGACGCUGAAGCAGCCAUGGACCUGGGUGCCUCGGAGGUGAUGGAGUCUGAGGUCCUCUAUGACUGUGUGAUCUGUGGCCAGAGUGGCCCUUCCACUGAGGACCGGCCCACUGGCCUGGUGGUUCUCCUUCAGGCAUCGUCAGUGCUGGGACACCGAUGCAAGAGUGACGAGACGAAGAAACUGCCUACCACUGACGAUGAGCAUAUCUACCCAGCGGACACGUGCGGGGCGGCUCACGACGUCAGACUCGCUCUCAUGCAACGCUUCUUCAAAGAUAGUUCCUGUCUGCAGUCGGUCUCAAUAGGCUGGGAGGGGGGUGUGUAUGUGCAGACCUGUGGACACACCCUGCACAUAGACUGCCACAAGUCCUACAUGGUGUCUCUGCGGAAUGACCAGGUGUUGCAAGGCUUCUCUGUGGAUAAGGGCGAGUUCACCUGCCCGCUGUGCAGACAGUUUGCCAACAGUGUUCUGCCUUGCCGCCCGGGCCGGAGCACCGAGGUGGUCAGCUGGCACAUGCCCACCAACAAGAAGACCGCUGUGCUGGUGAAGGAGGUGGAGGACCUGCAGGAGCAGCUGGGGCUUUUCCCAGUAAGCACCACUACGGAGUCCAACCUGAGUAAAGAGAUGGAGUCGGUCAUCAAGGACAUCAAGAACACCACCCAGAGGAAGUACAUGGACUAUGGCAAGAACCCUGGUUCCCCUGACAACGACUUCCUCUUCAUGUACUCUGUGGCCAGGACAAACCUGGAGCUGGAGCUGGUGCACCGUGGAGGUAACCUGUGUUCUGGAGGAGCCAGUGCUGCAGCCAAGCGCUCCUGUCUCAAUCAGCUUUUCCAUGUGCUUGCCAUGCACAUGCGUCUGUAUAGCAUUGAUUCUGCAUACAAUCCCUGGACCAGGUUGACCCAGGUGGCUCAGAGAAGAGACGACUGCCUGGAUGACGAGCGGCCAGAGGUCCCCAUGCUGUUCAGAGACUGCCCAUCCCUGCUCAUCAUCUUUGUGUUGACCAUGCCACAGCCACUACGCAAAGAACACUUCAUAUGUCUGGUGAGGAUGCUGUACAACCUGCAGUACACCCAGGCUCUGGCAUCUCUCUCAGCCAAGUUCAGCCCUGAGGAGAGGCAGGCCUGGAGCACGUCUGGAGCUCUCAAGAAGAAUGCUUUCGAUGCCGAGAAGUCCUAUGACGCUCUUCUCAGCCAUGUCAUCGGUGAGCUGUCCAAGGUGAAGACUGUGUAUGAUGUGAACCCUGAAGUGCCGUCUAUGCUGAGCUCCAGUGUGUGGUCCCCACACUCCAUAGAGUACAGCCUCCAGCAGUUCUGCCUGCCCUACCUCCGCCUCUCCUGUCUCCUGCAGCACCACCUCUAUGGGGACAAACUGUCAGGUUGCCCGGAGGUAGAGGAGUUCUCAGGCCUCGCCGGCUGUCUAGGGCUCCUGGCCCCAGCCCUUCAACCAUCCAACCCCAUCUACAGUGCCUCGUGUCUUGACUGGACGGUCAACGCUUUUGACCUGAUGACUCAAUGGUGCUCUGAGGUCACGGGUCUCUCUGACACUCAGGCAAAGAAAUCAAUAACCUUGCUUGUCCAGGAUCCACAGUGGGCGUCUCCCCACCUCCUCCACUUACCUGACCACUACAACAUCAUCUUCCAGUACUACCACAAGAAGGCCUGCACUGCCUGUAAAAAGGUGCCAAAGGACCCAGCACUCUGCCUCGUCUGUGGCACCUUUGUGUGCCUCAAAGGGCUGUGCUGCAAGCAGCAGGGGAUCUGUGAAUGUGUUUUGCACUCUCAACACUGUGGCGCAGCAACAGGCAUCUUCCUAUUGAUCAACGCCUCUGUCAUCAUCAUCAUCCGAGGGCAUCGCUUCUGCCUGUGGGGCUCUGUUUACCUGGAUGCCCAUGGAGAGGAGGACCGCGAUCUACGUCGUGGCAAGCCCCUGUUUCUGUGUGUGGAGAGGUAUAGAGUACUGCAGCAACAGUGGGUUUCGCACACCUUCGAUCACAUUAACAAGCGCUGGGGACCUCACUACAACGGACUGUAAGGUUACCUGAACCCACACCCUGAUGGAAAAUAAUCUCUUUGGCUUAUGUGUCUGCCUCUGUUAAACAUAUAGGAAUCUUAUCAUGUGAUAUAAGCAAAUAUGCAGUGAGUGUGUCACUGCCACAGCCUUGGAUUAUGUGGAGUUUGGUGUACAAUCAUGCCUCAAGAGUGUGUGUGUGUGUGUGUGUGUGGUGUGUGUUAUUUAAGUGCAUUUCAACAGGGAGAAACCUGAAAGCACAAAUUUUCCCAGUUAGUUUGGAAGAUGUUUUGAAGGCAGGCAGUUUUUUUUCUCCACAAAAACAUGCUCAGAAUCGGGUGAAUAUUUGUACACUGAUUGGCUUACAUGUUGAGUUCGAACUACUCGAUAUUUGGAGUAUAUAGAAUGACAGAUUUGCCCCUAGUAAGGUUAAUGAUUAUCAUCUUUGUCGCCAUGUACAAAUUGAUGCAUAUCCCUCAUUGUUUGACUUCGUACUGCCGGCAUGAGUUUAAAGCUCUUGAUAAGUAUACCAAUUGCAAAUUGUGUGCUCAGUGUGUGUGUUGGGACAUUCUGGUAGGUGACACAAGUCCACUCAUCAACAAAGAGUUUAUUGCAGUUAAGCAAAGGCAAUUUAAAAAUAAAAAAAAUCAUCCUCAGGUAUAAUUUCUUUGCUGCAGUUUAAAAUACCUUUUUAAUAUUUUUAAUAAAUGUUGCUGCUCAUUGUUCAAAUAAGUAAUUUUACCUUUGUAAAGAUUAUUUUUGUUUUCUUUUUCUAAGAAAUUAAGGUUUUGUUUUUGGUAGAUGGCUGAUAACAGGUUGUUGAUUCUAGCUCGCUGCAAGGUUGAGGGAGACAGUCAUCUCUAUUGGUCUUUGCAGUCCUGCCUUUCACUACGCCUCCGGGCCUGGGUCCCUGAGGAAACUCAAUGCCCACCCACCAGUCUGGCCACAGUAGAGUACAUAGAAAAGACUGUUGUGGAGUAUAUCUGUCCAAUGUAAUUGGCAUGCUUUUCCUAAAAUCUCCAUUGCUCAGAAUGUCAUGUGCAAUGGGAUUUUGCUAUAGCUAAAUUAAAAUAUUUGUAUUUCAAAGUUAUUGUACUGAUAUGGCUUUCUUUAAGGGAAUGGGAAUCAUUUCAUCCUUUGUGCUGGUGAAGAAUUCUGCAGUUUUAGAGUACAGUUUCAUUUAUUUUUUGGGGCCUGAUUUUCAUAUUUCCUUUUAGUCUCUCUGUAAAGUUAUGGUAAAUGUAUAUGGGCUCAUAAUGCAAGAUCCCAUCUUUAAAUAACCAUAGGUAAAGACAAGUAAUUGGGAAAUUGUUGAUGAUAAUAGAUGUAAUUGUAGGUGGUUUUGCAAAGUAUAAUAGCGUUAACCUUAACAAAUUUGUCAUUCAUGUAAUCCACACUUGUGGUCCAAUUAUAUCAUUUUCUAUACUUUCAAAUAACAGUUUAUUUGUAUGCUUUUGAUUGCCAAAAGUUAUAAUUACAGUAUAUUUAUAAGGACAACUAUUUCCCUAUGCCUACAUUUCUCCAAGUUGAAAUUAUUAUCUUGGGUCAUGGAUGCAUUCCAAUGUUGGACAUCAGACUUCAACCAUAAUACACAAUGUAUGCAUGACAUUGUUUUUUCAGUCACACUUUUUGAGUUUUGGGUCUUAAAUGCUUUGUAAUUUCAACUAUGUCACCAACUGGAUGAGUAGAUGGCCUACUUAUCCACUUGUGCGUGCAAGAUAACUUUUAGUGAAAAACAGCACAUUCAAAUCCUUGGGUGAUUUUAUUCUGGUGAAAGUAUUUUGUGAAUUGCUGGUCCACAUCGUGCUCGAAGGAGGAAUCUUUUAGGAAAUAUUUAUUUCCAUCCACGCAUGCUGCUUAUCUGUCUACUCUGAGUUUCCCUUCCCUCUCUUUUUUCCCAGUCCCCUACUUUGUAGCCUACAUUACUGCAACAAAAUAUCCAAUAAGUGAUGGGUGUACGUUCUAAUUGAAAGUUCUUUGUUCUCCUGUAUGAAUGAAAAUCAGAAGGUAUACAGUACAUUACUGUAGGUGCUGAUUCAGGCUUUCUGAGUUGGAUCAGAAGGUGUGACUUGGACAUUUAUUGCAAAAUGUAACAUAUGUUAAUAAAAUAUAAACACACUGA